AGCGCGCAUAUAGCGGCGCCCUCCGCGCCCCGCCCGGCACUCGGCGGCGACCACUGAGCAGGCCUUACUUUGCUGCCUCGCAACUCGCUCCGCUUCCUCUGCAGCCAUGUCUGACAAACCCGAUAUGGCUGAGAUUGAGAAAUUCGAUAAGUCGAAACUGAAGAAAACAGAAACGAGAGAGAAAAAUCCACUGCCUUCACAAGAAACGAUUGAACAGGAGAAGCAAGCAGGCGAGUCGUAAUGAGGCGUGCGCCGCCAGUAUGCACUGUACAUUCCACGAGCAUUGCCUUCUUAUUUUACUUCUUUUAGCUGUUUAACUUUGUAAGAUGCAGAGGUUGGAUCAAGUUUAAAUGACUGUGCUGCCCCUUUUCACAUCAAAGAAUGGAGAACUACUGACAACGAAGGCCGCGCCUGCCUCCCAUCCGCCUGUCUGGCUGGCAGGGAAGGAAAAAACUUGCAUGUUGGUGAAGGAGGAGGCUGGGUGGGACGACAGUGAAAUCUAGAGUAAAGAGCAAGCUGGUCCAAGGUGUCCUGCGGGCUGUAAAAUGCAGUUUAAUCAGAGUGCCAUUUUUUUUGUUGUUGUUGUUCAAAUGAUUUUAAUUAUUGGAAUGCACAAUUUUUUAAUAUGCAAAUAAAGUUUUAAAACCUA